AUAGUUCAAAAAAUUUUCUCACUGGGUUGUUAUUUUUUAACGAUUCUGACGAUCCUAAUGAUAGUGUUCAAUCUUGCACUGCCAGUAUAAUUAACACUCCAAAUGGUAAUAUCGGGAUCACUGCAGGGCAUUGUCUUAUUAACUCUCAAGGAAAAGCGCAUCAAGAUUUAGUGUUUUCUCCUGGAUAUGACCAUGGGCAAGAUAGUCCACUUGGCCAUAUUCCUGUUGCUGUAUUCCAAGUAACAAAUAAGUUUCGUUCAACUUGUAGUGAUGAUUCUGAUUAUGGUAUAAUGAGGUUUGCAUUUGAAGAUCCAAGUGGGAAUAAUAAGCCAUUACAAGCUCAUACAGGUGCUUAUGGUUGGAAGAUAAAUAUAGGAAAUAAUGUUCAGACAACUGUCGUUGGCUAUCCAUAUCAAGGAAAUAUUCCAAAUUAUGGUUAUUAUGCCAUAACUGGUGGAGUAAAUUUUGGGAAUGGUGCAAGUGGAGCAUCUUGGAUAUGGAAUUAUGACACAAAUACAAAUGUAGGAUAG